AUGGCUAAGAAAAAAGGAUCACGGUCCAUCGUCCGCGAAUUCGACGAGUACUUUGGGUCCGGCACCCUCGAGGACUGGCAGCGCCUGUGUCGCGACAUCGGGCUGGACGGGGACUUCAGCAGCAUCAACAAGUGCCGCAAGGCUCUCAGGACCGUUCACGUCAACAUCUACGACCUCAUCGAUGCCGUCCGGGCUGGGCGUACACCGCACCGCUUCGGCAACGCUCAGCAGCUCGCCGAAUACACGGUCCGCACGGGCAAGAUCUACCCCAAGAAGCAUGCCAAGGCGAUGGGGCCGGUCAAGGUGCUGCUGCGGAUGAUCCUGUAA